AUGAGUGAGGAAUGGAGGUGCUUGAAGUUUGAGCGAGGACUCAAACAUGAGUUGAAGAAAGUAGUGAUGCCUCUGAGAGAGAGGAGAUUUCCGGUCUUGGUGGAACAGGCCAAGAGCGCCGAGCACUUGGAAAAGGGUCCUGAGAAGAAAAGUAUUGGCACGAAGAAACCAGCAGCAUCACCAGCAGAACGAGCUAGGGUUGCGGGCAAAGUCUUUGCCUUGACCACCACAGAGGCUACACAGUCGGGUAAUCUUAUCCUUGAACCUUGUAUGUUGUUUGGUAACAUAGUACUUGUGUUGUUUGAUUCUGGGGCAACCCAUUCUUUUAUUUCUAAUGUGUGCGUGGGGAGAUUGAGAUUGGUGACACGUGAUUUGGGAUGUGAGUUGCUUGUUUCAACUCCCUCCUCAGGUCAAAUGGCUACCAGUUCAGUCUGCGUUGGGUGUUCUAUGGAAGUGGCAGGUCGCAGAUUCAAGGUGAACUUGGUGUGCUUGCCUUUGUACGGACUGGAUGUAAUCUUGGGGAUGGACUGGCUGUCUAACAAUCACGUCAUAAUUGAUUGUGGACGACGCAGUUUGGUAUUCCUAGAAUAUGAAGGACUUGAGUUAAUCUUGGCUCAGAGGGCGAUAAACGAAGCAGAAGCCGGAGCCACCUGCUUUAUGAUAGUGGCUCAUGCAAAGAAGAAUAGUACCACCGAGAAGAUCAGUGUGAUUCCAGUUAUGGAGGAGUAUGCCGACGUAUUUCUAGAUGAAAUACCCGAGUUGCCACCGAGUAGGGAUGUGGAUUUCUCCAUUGAUCUCAUCCCUGGAGCUGGCCCAGUAUCCAUGGCGCCUUAUAGAAUGGCACUAGCGGAGUUGGCUGAGUUGAAGAAGCAAAUAGAAGAUUUGCUUGAGAAGAAGUUCAUUCGGCCGAGCGCAUCACCUUGGGGAGCACAGGUACUGCUAGAAAAGAAAAAGGAUGGCAGUUCGAGGUUGUGUGUUGACUACCAUCUUAGUCAAACCGGAGGAUAUGCAGAAGACGGCGUUCAGGUCACGAUACGACCAUUACGAUUUGUUGUCGUGUUCAUUGACGACAUAUUGAUAUACUUAGAGAGUCGGGAUGUACAUGCAGAUCAUCUGAGAGUGGUGCUAGGAAUUCUCAGAGAGCAUAAACUGUAUGGGAAGCUGUCAAAGUGUGAGUUUUGGUUGGAUGAGGUACAGUUCUUGGGCCAUGUAAUAUCAGCCCAAGGUAUAUCGGUGGAUCCAGCGAAGAUUGAAACAGUGGUGAAGUGGGAAAGGCCACAGAUGGUUACUAAGGUGAGGAGCUUCUUGGGUCUGGCAGGUUAUUACAGGCGGUUUGUGGAGGGGUUCUCCAAGCUGGUGAGUCCCUUAACUCAACUCACUAGGAAGGACCAACCUUUCUCUUGGACAGACGAGUGUGAGGUCUGUUUUGAGGAUAUGAAGAGGAGAUUGAUUACUACACCCAUAUUAGCUAUUCCUGACAUUGCCAAGACGUUUGAGGUAUACUGUGAUGCUUCAUACCAGGGUCUGGGUUGUGUGUUGAUGCAGGAGAAACGACCUAUUGCUUAUGCAUCUCGUCAGCUGAAGGUGCAUGAGAAAAACUAUCCUACACAUGAUUUAGAAUUGGCGGUGGUGGUUUGUGCUCUCAAAACAUGGAGGCACUACUUGUAUGGGGCACAAUUUCAGGUAUUCAGUGAUCACAAGAGCUUGAAAUACUUGUUUGAUCAGAAGGAAUUGAAUAUGAGACAAAGGCGCUGGAUGGAAUACCUGAAGGACUACGACUUUGAGCUGUUAUACCAUCCUGGUAAGGCUAAUGUCGUAGCAGACGCUCUGAGCAGGAAGAAAUCUCAUGUGUCUGCCAUGAUGAUUAAAGAGUUGGAGUUGAUCGAGAAAAUGCGAGAUAUGAAUCUGGUAUUAGAUAUGGAGACAGAUCACAUACGAUGCACCAUGUUGAGGAUCACUAAUGAGUUUUUAGACGAGGUCCGGGUGGAACAGGGUAAGGAUCAGGAGUUGCAGCAUAUCAUUAGUGAGUUUGGCACAGAGAAGAGAAAAGACUUCAGGAUGGGUAGGGACGACAUCCUACGACUCAGAGAGAGAGUGUGUAUACCCAGCAGUCGGUGGAAAUGGGACAACAUUUCCAUGGAUUUUGUUACUCAUCUACCGAGGUCAGCGAGGGGGCAUGAUUCUAUAUGGGUAAUAGUGGAUAGAUUCACGAAGUGCGCUCACUUUCUACCUAUUAAUCAGAAGAUGUCCCUAGAUAAGCUGGCAGAGUUGUACGUCACGGAGAUAGUCAGAUUACAUGGUGUGCCUAAGAGUAUCAUAUCAAAUAGAGAUCCGAGGUUUACCUCGAGGUUCUGGCAAUCGUUGCAGAACACUUUGGGCACUCAGUUGAGAAUGAGCUCGACAUAUCAUCCUCAGAUGGAUGGCCAGUCUGAGAGAACCAUACAGUCUCUGAAGGACUUAUUAAGAACGUGUGUUCUGGAUCACCUCGGGACUUAG